AUGGAUGACUGGCAAAUUCCAUCACAACCGACACUACCGCCCACACCAUCGCAACAGCAACAGCAAAGAAUGUCGAUGAAUACUAUUGGCCCCAUGCAUAGUUAUCAUUCAAUGCGUACAAGACCUUCACCAUAUCCAAUGAAUGAAGUCAAACAACCUUAUUCAUAUCAACAGACAUCGAUGCCAAUGAAAACGAACACGAAUUCCAAUGUCUAUACUCCUCUUUCUUAUCCACCCAAUCACAUGGAACAAAUUCCACAUCAACAACGUUUAAUCACAGCUAAAUCGACAUCCGGCCCCAUAGCAACAUAUAAUGCUGGUCAACAACAAAUGCAUGCCGCACGCGCACGUUCAAUGCCGUACCCUUCACCUAUGAUGUAUACUCAUUCCCCUGCUUCUGUAUAUCAAUGCAAUAAUACGCCACAUAUGAAUUAUCCAAAUCAACCAUCGUUUCCGCCACCACCACCACCACCAGUACAGCAACAGCAGCAACAACAACAAAUGUACUAUCAAAAUUAUUAUCCACAAGCUCAUCCCAUAUCUCAUCAAGCAAAUUCCAAUUCAAAUAAACAUGAGCCAAUGAAGAAUAAGAUCAAACCAAAUGCGGAUGACUUCUUCUCUUCACCGUCGACAUCUUAUCAUCCAUCAGUUUGUUCGAAUUCUUACGUCUCACCGCAACAGUUACCGCCCCAACCAUCAUCGUUAUCGUCAUCUAUAUCACAAGAGUACCAAACAUUUCCGAAUCAAUUUCAAAUCUUUCCUAGUCCACCAAGUAAUCCAAGCACUCCUUAUCAAGGUGAAUUUAAUGCCAAUGCAGAUUUCGGCGUGCCGUACCAUCAAGGACAACCAAGUUCAGUGAAUUCGUUGACAGAUGCACUAUGUCCAAGUGGAGAUACAGCUGAUCGACAAUUGACACCGGGACCGCCGAGUGUCGGUACUCCGCGUGUUGCCCAUCCUCAAUAUUCAUUUCCACAGACACCUUCGACACCUACAAUGUCGAGACUACCCAAUGAACAAAAUAUCGAUGAAUUAACUGCAUUUCUACAAGAUCCAGCAAAUCUUUAUCUAACUGAUGACAUUACAUCUACCCUCUUUGAUGACAUUGAAGUAUUGGCUGAUACCUAUUUAGGUGGAAGAGGUAACAAUGAUCAUCAAUCUAAUAAUGACAGUAGUUUAGACUAUGAUAUUAUCUUAAAUUAUCUUUGUUCGGAUGAUCUGAUCAGUACGGUGUGUCAAAAAUAA